GGCAACUCUAAAUAGGUGAAGGAAGGAAUUUGAAGAAAUAGAAAGAAGUCGCUAAUUUAUGCGGGACCGCGUCUUUAUUUUCAGAUAAAAUCAUUUAAGUUUUAGUGUUAAUUAUUAGAUAUAACGUGGUUCUUAGAAUAAAUAGCGAAGUUGGAGUAGCUAAAAAAAAACAUCAAUAUGGGGGACCAGCAAUUUUUCCUAAAAUGGAACGACUUUCAAACGAAUAUGGUGACUUCUUUCAGACAUUUGAGAGACGAAAAAAGUUUCACAGACGUAACACUAGCCUGUGAAGGACAGACGUGUAAAGCACACAAAAUGGUCCUAUCAGCUUGUAGUCCGUAUUUUAAAAGUUUAUUAGAGGAGAAUCCUUCAAAACAUCCCAUUAUAAUCCUAAAAGAUGUUUCGUAUCAGCAUCUGCAGGCUAUCUUAGAGUUCAUGUAUGCCGGGGAAGUAAACGUCUCACAGGAACAAUUGCCGGCCUUCCUCAAAACCGCUGCCCGUCUCAAGGUAAAAGGUCUAGCAGAACCACCGCCGCAAAUGCCAAGCAUCAAGAGGGAGGGCUAGCAGUAAAUAAAUACUAGUGAUUUAACACCAAUGUUACAACCAUUGUAAGGUUAUUAAUUAUUUUCAUAAAAUACGGUCCUAAAAUUAUACAGAAAAUAUAUGAAAGCAAUUUUAAUAACUACAUCGUAGUAGUGUCUUGUUCUGUGUGAGUUAUCGGUCCAUAGCGUUAAUGUUUGAUAUUCAUUUGGUAUUAUUUGGCUUAUACUAGGGACCUAAUGAUCGUUUAGCUAAUUCAGGGCCAUCACAGCCGUUUUAAGCAAUACAUCGUGGAAUGGUUCGAGACGGCCAACAAUAUGUGGAUGAAGCAAUAUAGUUUUGCUACGUUGAUGUCUUUGACUGCUAUAUAAGUUGAAUGUGUAAUACUUUCGUGUAACCUUUAAGAUGGACCAGCACACCGUUGUGUGCUGCCUUUACAUUGUAUCGAAAGGAAACGGGGAAUUCGUAUGAUGACAAUUUAUCAAAGAUAUAAGUUAUACAGGGUGUGAUGCCGGACACACUUUGGUCUAUCCCACUUAGUUACCUAGCAACCAAAGUUUUAGCUUAUAUAAACAGAUCGCCCAACAAAGUGUGGCCGACAUCACAUCACACACCAUGUACGAGAGCCAAUGUCACCGUGAGCGGGAGUGUCUGUCCGUCGGUUGUGUUGGCUUUGUACCGAGUGUGUAUAUACUCUACCGACAGAUGCCUUAUAAUCUAAUUUCCAAUACAUAUGUCUUAUACAUCAGAAGCAUGUUUUAUAUGUAAAUUUAACAGAACAGAAUAUAUUUUAGUUAUUUAUAAAUAUUACACUUAGACAUAAUGUAUUGGAAUGCCUUAAUACUUGCUUUGUUAGCAUUGUAAGGUGUUCGCUGUAGCUUCAAAUGAUUUUUGUUAUUAUUGUUUUCCAACAAAGGCAUAAUACUUUAAAUAACUCUUCUUUAGAUUAAGUUUUCAUUUGUCAGGAAUCUUUUUUUUUUGCUAUUUUUACUUAAAUUAGGAUUAUGUUGAAAUUAAAUACUAAAUUAGUACAAAACAGGUUUGCUGUUUAUUUGAUUGUGUAUGCGUCUCAUGUUUCUGUUUCCUUCUUGUGUUUCGUUUCUCAUUUAUUUGGUAAUUAAUUGAUAUUUCCUCUGGAGCUGUAUUGAUAGUUGUAUAAAUGUAAAUCUGAUAUUUUUAGAUGAUGUAAUGGGAUGCUGGAUAGAUCACAUGGACUAGUGAACUAUGUAAUGAUUGAAAUUAUGAAAGAUUUGUAAUUUUAGAUAAUAAUAAAAAUAAUUAAUACAA